UUUGCGAAUGGAGGAGGACGCUGGAUCUUGGGAGGUAUGCGGAGGCUAGAAUGCGAAUCGCUGGGGGAGAUUUGAGGGAAGAAUCUCUCGUUCCAUGGUUAGAGGCAGCGGCAGAUCGUGGAGGAUCACGCUCAAGGAUAAAUUGACGGCUUCCGAGGUCACGAAGAUUCUCCAGCAGCGGGAUUGGGAGCAGCAGCUCGAGGGGAUCCUCUCCGAAGGAAGACGAAAAGAAGGAAGAGGAAGAGCCGCCGACGAAGAAGGAAGGAAGAAAAUCUCAGGAGAAAUCUCCAAAGAAGAGAGGAAAGAUUUGCCUGGAGGAGGAAAGAGAGAGUUCUUAGUAAGAAGGAAGGGGAAGCCUUGGCUAACGAGCAACGUCGUCAGCGCGGUGCUGUGGAGCAAUGCAAAGCGCAACACUGGAGUAGACGCGGAGACUCUGCUUGGAUUCUACAGAUGGGCCGAGAAGAAAGCUUCCAUCGGUGGGAGCUGGCAAGCGCUCCACUGCCUCUUCCCGGUGCUCUUCAAGGCUGGCUUGAGCGUGGAAGUUGGCAGAGUCGCGAGGCCGCUUUUCAACAGUGGUUUGAGGCCGAACUUGGCCAUCUGCUCGAUCAUGAUCCGGGGCUCCGUGGCUAGCAGGGAUCUGGAGAACGCCCGGGUGAUGAUUGAGAGUGUGGUUUCCCGAGGACGAACGACGCUCCCUGCCAGUGACUUCAAGUUUAUCAUCAAGGCCUUUUGCAAGCUCGAGAAGAUGGAGAGUGUGCUUCGGUACUUUGGCUGGAUGGUUGAUGCUCACGGGCCGGACGAGGUGACUUUGAGAGUCGUCAUGGUGGCUCUUUGCGAGAGAAAGAUGGUGGAGGAAGCGUUUGAGAUUUACGAGACGGUGGUGGAUAGAGGCUAUCCCGUGGGUGAUACGAUCGUCGGUAUCUUGGUCGGGGGCAUUUUAUCUUCCAGGCCGCUCACGGAGGUCUACGCUCUGUUCGACAUGCUAAGCACCGGAGGAGACAUUGCCUUGGACGCGUCCACUCUUCGGACGAUAAGGGACCGCGUGCUGCUCCAGGAACGCAAAGUUCAUGCUGCCGAGAGAGAACUCGGAUUUUCGGACACCGAGCUCUGGAGGUCACUUGAGAGAUUGAAGGCGAGAGGCUUCGAGCCGACGUUACCAGUUGUGUUCCAGAACGUGUGCCACAGAAUACAAGCGUGGGACGCCAACGAGCUCCUGCGACUGCUGCUCGAGAAAGGUAUGGUUUUCGAGAGCCAGGUAUACGAGAUCGUCAUUGAGUCACUCUGCAAAGCGGGGUACCCCGACGACGGGCUUGUUCUCCUCAAAGAGAUGGCUCUUCGGCGAGUUAUACCGGGAGCAGCAACUUUCAACACUGUCGCGGAUGGUUUUGCGAAAGCCGGACGCUUGGAACAAGUGAAAGAAGUUUACCAGGGCAUGGUGGAGGCUGGGUAUACGCUUCGAGCGUCUGGCUAUGGCAUCCUCAUUUCGUGCCUGUGCAAAGUCGGCAACUUUGACGAGGCUUACAAGCUUCUUCACACGAUGCGGCUAAAACGAUUCAAGCGGAAAGCCAUCGCUUACAGCACGAUUAUCAACUGGCUGUGCAAGCUCAACCGGGUGGAAGAAGCUCGAGAGCUGAUUGAGAAGAUGGCACGCUACGCCCCUCCAGACGCUCUCACGUACGGGCCUAUUGUGGAGCGGCUGUGUAAGACGAAGAGGAUCGACGAUGCACUGGCCACUGUGGAGGAGAUGGCGACGAGAGGUAUAAAGCCGGAUGCUUUCAUAUACAACUUUGUCCUGAGUGGACUCUGCCAGGAGGAGAAAGUGGAGGAGGCACGCUUGCUUUUCGAGAAGAUGGUGAAGCAACGGAUCAACCCCAACGUCGUGACUUACAACACCCUGAUCAACGGCCUCUGCAAGGCCUGGCGGAUCGAGACGGCUUACGAGCUGUUCAAAGAGAUGGCCGGGAAAGGAUACGUUCCAACGGAGGUGUCUUACAACACUCUCAUCGACGGGUUUUGCAAGAAGAAGGAUCUGGUCGCUGCGAAGGACGUUUUUGACAAGAUGGUCCGCAGUAACUGCGUCCCAAACGUGGUCACGUACACGACUCUGAUCGACGGGCUUUCGAAGUCGGGCAAGGUGCAAGCAGCAGCCGAAGUCCUGGACGGCAUGGUGAAGAAAGGCGUCACUCCGAAUGUUGCGACGUACAGCUGCCUCAUCGAUGGUUUCUGCAAGGUGCGGAGAGUGGACGAGGCGCACAAGCUCCUGGAGCAGAUGGUCACACAGGGGAUCGCUCCGACGGUCGUGACUUACAACAUCCUUCUCAACAGCCUCUGCCGCGCGGACAAGCUCGAGGACGCGUUCAAGCUCUUCCGGGGCAUGGCACAGAGACGGUGUCACCCGACGGUGGUGACUUACAACACCUUGCUGAGAGCUCUGUGCCACCACAAGCAACUCGAUGGAGCUCACAGGUUGUACGCCGAGAUGAUCGCCAAGGGAUGUCCCCCCGACGCGAUAACGUAUGACACGCUUGCUUGGGGGUUGACCAGAGCUGGGAAGGUUCACGAGGCGCAGGAACUCAUGGAAAAGAUGAAACUUACGAAACGCAAUCCCUUCGGUCGAAGCUCACAAGGAAAGGCAUAGGAACAAGUUGGCUGUGGCGAAGAGCAUGCUCGUGAUCGCGACUGGAUUUACACGUUUUGCUAUCGGUGAACAACUUUCUUCUUAGACAAUCCAGCCAACUUUUCGCGACAA